UCUAAAACUCUUAGGUUCUUAGGUGUUAUACAAUAAAAAAUGAAAUAUAUAAAAUAAAUAACAACAGAUUAUUAUUCUCAUUCUUAUUAUUGUUAUGUUAAUAAUAAUACUUCUUAAUUUAUUUUUUGCUUCAGAGGAGGAAAGAUUAACUUUGGUUAACUUUGAGUAUUUGGUUGAUCUAAGACACACAUCUAAGUGCCAGACAGGUCAAGACCAGACCUGAUGAAGGAAAAACGAUACAGGACUGAAAUUAUUCCAUGUCAAUCACUGUGCUAAAAUCCUCCAAAUUGGUCAGGUGAUCAAUUCGCCUGUGUAUAAAGUUUAGUACAGCAGCUCAUUAACUAUCCUAAUGUGCUCAAGACAAAAUCCAAGAAUGCACUUAAAAGAGGGAGGUUCUUCACCUUUGACCUGCAGUCAAAGAUGGAAUCAGACAGCUGACGGAGUUUGACUCCCAGCUGAAGAGUGCCGUGUCUUGUUGUUGAGCGACUGAGGAGCCUCAAUCUCGUGCAUCAUGGACGCUGACAAUCUGUUUAACCCCAGCAUGGCAGCAGCCCUGAUGAAGCUGGAUCCCGAAGAUGGAGAGAAGAUCAUGGAGUAUUUUAAAACUCAUGCCCUUCUGACCCGAGAGAAAGCACUCCUGCAGUCGUCAGUCAGGGAGCAGAAGAAGCUGCUGGUGGAGAACGCCAAACUGAAGAAAGACAUUGAGGAUCUGAGACGUCAGCUGCAGGACAAACAGAGACGGCGCAGCACAAAGGCACCGCACCCUGCAGCCUCAUCUCCUUCCACCACUAGCUCUGCUCCCAGCACACCUGCCAAAGUGACUUCCUCCCCUGCAGGGGCAACAUCUUCCACGUCACUGCCAUCAGACGCUUGUAGAGACAGACAGAAUCGACGGAGGAGAGGAGAACGACGAGGUCGCCCUGCCUCAGUCUCUCUGGAGGUGGACCUUCCAGUUGAUGUGUCACGUUUGGACCUCAGAGUCGGGCGGAUACUGAGCGUUCGCAGACAUCCGCUAGCAGAGGCUUUGCUGGUCCAGGAGGUGGACGUUGGUGAGAGUGGUCCUCGGACAGUGGUCAGCAAACUCGGGAGGAAAACAGAUGAAGAGGAAGUGACACUGGAGGAGCUCCAAGGUUCUCUCGCCGUGUUGCUGUGCAACGUCAAGGCCUGUAAACUGAAGGGCGUGGUCUCCCAGGCCCGACUGCUCUGCUGCUGUGAUUCGGAGGACGCCGUGGAGCUGCUGGCUCCGCCCACAGGCUCCUCGCCCGGAGACAGAGUCACCUGCCUCGACUACCCCGGAGAGCCAGACAAAGAGCUGCAGUCCAAGCAGAGAGUUUGGGAGCUUCUUCGGCCGGACCUCAAGGUAGACGGCAAGGGCGUGGCCAACUUUAAGGGCUGUGGUUUCCAGGUGAAGGGAAAGGGUCUCUGCCGCGCUCCGUCCCUCAACAACUGCACCAUCAGAUAACCUGAUGCAGACAGGAUGUAUGCUCUCACUGCUUGAACUAAAUAA